AUGUCAAUGGAAAUAGAUGAACUAGCAGAAACUAUUAUGGAUUGUGUAAUGAAUAGUCAUAUAAUUUCGGAAGAAGGACGAAGCUACAUUGAAUAACAUAUACCUACAAAGCCACCUGAAAAUGAUGUAUAAUCAGCAAGAUUUGAUUUAUAUGAGAAGACAGGCAAGGAGAGAAUUUAAAAAGUUGCCCUAGUUUUCAAAACCCAUCAGGAAGCCAGAAGAUGGUAUUCAUAAUUCAAAUAACAUGCGACUACUCAUUAGAAAGUCCAUAAGAAGGCUGCACUUUUGGAUAAUGUUCUAUUUAAGUAUGGGGAUUAUGGGAAAUCACUAUUCUAAUAUGCAGAAUACAUAUGUGAAUUUAUAGAUCAACAACCAUUAUGUGUCUUCUAACACAUGAUUCCAGAUCAUGAUCUAAGAUUAUCUGAAACUCAUCCUUAUUAUUUUAAAAUUCAUUGGGCUUUUAGAGGAUUCAUGACUCCUUAAACUUCAAGUAUGGUGAAAGCAGAAAGAAACCCAUCACUAAUGAACAAAUUAAAAGACGAGGAGAUUCCAAGAAAGAUUGUUCCAAUAGAUACUUAUAUGCGAUCGUUAAUGGAUAAAAAUAACAGCAGUGAUGAUGAUGAUGAUUAAUGA